AUGGAUCUGAUUGCCGUACAGCUUCUGACCCUCACGGCACUUCUAGUGUCAUGUUUGGGGUUCUCCUUGCUGCCCCUGGUUCUGGCGUGGAGGGCAUCCAAGCCGUCGUCAGCAUUAAGCAAUAUUCUGAGGCCCGAUGUUAUUGGCAAGGUGAACUGCUUCGUAGGGGGAGUUUUCCUUGCCACGUGUUUUCUUCACUUGCUUGCAGAAACGAGGGAGGACAUUGAGGCCACCUUUCAGCGAGACAGGAUUGUUGUGGAGUACCCCAUAACCGAACUGGUGGCAUGCAUUGGGUUUUUCAUCGUUCAUCUGGUGGAAACUUUGACACAUCGCUGUUUGCCUCAUGGUCAUGGUCAUGGUCAUAGUCCUUCUCAAGAUGUGGGUGGGGGCCAACCAUCGUCCAACCUAGUCGGCGAGGAGGGCACUACUCGUCCAUCGGCAAGAUAUGGAGCCAUCCAACUGGACAAAGGGACAGGCAAUCCGUCGGCACAAGGGACUGGGUCACCAAACAGUCCUGCGGACUUACAUGACAAUGCGCCGAGCGGGGGAAGAAACCUGCAAACACUCCUGCUUCUGAUCGCCUUAACCGUUCACGGGACGUUUGAAGGUGUUGCAAUCGGUGUCCAGACCAAACAGUCAGCUCUUCUGUGGCUGUUCUUCGUAGUUGCCCUCCACAAGAGCUUCUUGGCCCUCAGUCUUGGGAUGAGCGUCGCAACCGGUAACCUGUCACUUCCAUUAAAGGUCGUCACCUGCGUGGUCUUCAGUCUAUCCGGUCCUGUAGGACAAGGCAUCGGUCUCCUGGUCACGGACGCGGACGGCGGCGGUCUCGCCACCGACAUUCUACAGGGGCUGGCUACGGGAACACUGCUACAUGUCGCUUUUAUGGAGGUUCUUUCCAAAGAACUGAAACCAGGUGAUCUGCUGGGUUUGCUGUGUUCCGUCAUUGGGUUCUCUAUCCUCGCGGGACUGACUGCCUUGCCGGGAUCAUGAAAAGGACAAUGGUUAGUUAGGCCAUGUUGAUUUCAUAAUAUGGAUUACGUAAUCCGCGCUCCACAAUGGUUGGCCGUUCC